AUGGUUUCCUCUGUAUUUGUAUCGGGUGCUUCGGGAUACAUAGCGCAGCACAUCUGCAAUAACUUGCUCAAACAGGGCUACAGAGUGGUUGGGUCUGUCAGGUCCCCCGAGAAAGGUGACCAUAUCUCCAAUUUGUUCAACUCCAGCAAAUUCACCUACGAAGUCGUCCCCGACAUCGAACCAGAAGGUGCUUUUGACGAAGCACUAAAAAAACACCGGAGCUUGGAUGCUUUUUUGCACUUGGCUUCACCUUUCACCUUCAAGGCAAAGGAUGUGGAGAAAGAGUUGCUCAACCCAGCAGUGAAUGGAACUACCAACGCCUUAAAAUCCAUCCAAAACCAUGGUUCCCAAAUCUCCAAGGUCAUUGUCACGUCGUCCCAUGCGGCAAUGUUCGAUGCUUCGAAGGCAAAAGACCCAUCUUACGCCGAUAAUGAAGAGUCUUGGAAUCCAAUCACUUGGAAAGAAGCAAAAACAAAUCCCCAGCUGGCGUUCAUCGCAUCAAAGAAGUAUGCCGAGAAAGCUGCUUGGGACUUUGUUGCUAAAGAAAAGCCAACCUUUUCGUUGAACACUAUCAAUCCUGUCUUCGUUUUCGGGCCCCAGGCAUUCGACAGCGAGGCCAGGGCUCCACUCAACACUUCCUCGGAAAUCAUAGCCAGAAUGUUGAGGCUAAAACCAACAUCUAAGGCGCCUGGUCUUGGUGGCUAUUUCGUGGAUGUGAGGGAUGUUGCGGACGCACAAAUUGCGGUUCUUGAAAAAGAUUUGUCAAACAAAAGAUUGGUAUUGGCGAGUGAAAAAUUUGCCGGCCAGGAUUUGAUUGACAUCCUCAACGCCAACUUUGAAUCAUUGAGGGGUAAAAUCCCAACGGGAAAUCCCGGCACAGGUGCGGAAAUUAGAAACCAGCUGUCCAACGUCGAUAAUACUAAGACAAACGAGCUCCUCAAACUCAAGUAUACGGAUUUGGAAACAAGUCUCACCGACAUGGUCAGACAGCUUUUGGCUGCCAACAAAUAA